UUUUGUAAAUCUCUAUAUAUAAAUUUCACUUCCUCUUUACCUAACAACCCCAAUUUUUAUCGACUUUGGUUUCUAGGGUUUUUACUCAACCAAAGGAUAAUCUCAUUUUUCAUUCACUUUGAUUUUAGAAUUUCAACCUCCUCGUCUUCUUCGUGAUUCUGCGAUAGUUGAACCGCCUAACAUGGAGGACGCUGCUGAUUGGAGAACACAAGUUCAACCUGAUUCUCGCCACAGAAUUGUCACUAAGAUAUUGGAAACUCUGGAGAGACAAGUUCCAAUUUCUGGACCAGACGUAUUGGUAGAGCUUAAUAAAGUUGCUGUAAGAUUGGAGGACACAAUAUUUACUAUUGCUACAAGUCAGACGGAUUAUCUACGAAAAAUAUCUUUGAAGAUGCUGGCAAUGGAGACAAAAUCUCAGACAAAUGGAGUUGCUAAUUCUUUACCCUUAAAUACUGGUGGUGGUAGCCAAAAUCCUCAAGAUCCAGCGUCUCACAGGAUGCCGUCCCAAGUGCGCAACCCAGGGCAGUCAGAGAUUCCUUUAGAGAACCAGUAUGAAGCACGGCAGCAGCUUUUAUCCCAGAACAUUCAGAAGAAUAUCGGAAAUUCUGGAAUCCAUGAGUCUGUGGAAUUUUCAUCUGCAUUGCCUUCUGGGGACAGUCUCAAUCAGUCCUUGAUGCCCAACGCCGUUAAUCAGGGAUCCAACAUACAGUCUGGAGUGGCACAGAAUUCUUCUGGAAAUGUAGUUGGUCAAGGAGGUGUAGCGUCGUAUAUGUUUGCUAACUCGACGAGACAGUUGCAAGGAUGUCAGCCUCCUCAACAGACCGGUUCUCAGCAACAGCAGUCUCAAAAUUCGCAGCAGUUACAGCAACACUUUUUGAAGCAGAAGCCGCCGUUGCAGCAGCUACAGGGAGACAUUCCAUCCUCCACUAUGCAGUCACACAUGCAGCAACAACAGCAAAACCCAAUGCAGUUAACUCAAUUGCAAUCUACUCAACAGCCUUGUAUGCAAAUGUCAUUUGGUCUUCAUCCAAGCCUGUCCACACUUCAACAGACUCAUCCCUCUGUGAUGCAAUCGUCUUCAGGUCUUCAACAGAACCCGCAGUUCGACGUUGCACAGUCCACAGCAAGUGUUCUUCAACAUCAUCCACAGAGUGUCCUCAGGCAACCACAUCAACAGUUUCAACAGUCUAUGCACCAACAAGCUCCUGUUCUGUAUCAGCAACAGGUUUUGCCUUCACAGCAGCAUCCACAACAGAAAAUAAAUGCCUCAAACUUGCAGCAGCAUCCGCAACAGAAAAUAAAUUCCCCAAACUUGCAGCAGCAUCAAUUAAUUGGGCAACAAAACAAUGUAUCCGAUAUGCAGCAGCAGCAACAGGGGUCUCUAAACCAACAGAAUAAUGUCACAAAUUUGCCACAAUAUUUACUGGGAAAUCAGCAGCAGCUAUGUCAACAAAGUAACAUGUCAGGGUUACAGAAGCAGCAACAGCAGCCAAUUUAUACCAUGCAUCAGCAAGGGGGAAAGGUGCAGCAACAACAAUAUGCACAAUUAUCAACUAAUAUGUUACAAAUCCAAGGGAAACAUGCACAAUCCCAUCCUGCACAACAACAACUUAUGUCUCAGCAUCCAUCUCAAACAUUGCAAAUGCAUCAGCAACUGGGAAUGCAGCACCAGCCAAAUUCAUUACAAAGGGAUAUGCAACAAAGAAUUCAGACAUCUGGUGGCUCGAUGCUCAACCAUCAGAGUUUGUUGGACCAGAAGCAAGUGUUUCAUUCACAAAGACCACCUCCAGAGGCCUCAUCAAAAGAAUGGCAGACUAGUGUAGUUCCAGCAAUAACUGGAAAUACAGCCGCAGCAGGUAAUGCGGUCGACGUGCAGGAGGAAGUUUAUCAGACAAUAAAGUCCAUGAGAGAAAAGUACUUACCAGAUCUUUGUCACAUGCACCAGAAAAUCGCUCAAAAACGCCAACAGCAUGAUUCUCUUCCCCAUCCACCAAAGUCUGAACAAACUGAGAGGCUCAAAAUUUUCAAGAACAUGUUGGACAAGAUGAUAGGGUUCCUGAAUCUUCCCAAAAGUAGUAUGAUACCUGGUUUGAAGGAUAAGCUGGCUUCGUAUGAGAAACAGAUCUUGAAUAUUCUUAACUCGAAUCGCUCAUGGAAUCCUGGUCUAUUGCAGCAACAAAUUCAGCCAACUGGUGGCCACACACUCUCUAUACAGCAGCAACAACAACAGCAGCAGCAGCAACAUCAAGUUCCCUCAUCAACGUCAAUAGAUGUAGCAAUAACAGGGAAUGCAACCGCAACAGGAAAUGUGGUCGACCAGCAGAAGGAAGUCUAUCAGACAAUUAAGUCCAUGAGAGAAAAAUAUUUACCGGAGCUUAGUGACAUGCACCAGAGGAUCUCUCAAAAAUGCCAACAGCAUGAUUCUCUUCCCCGUCCACCAAAGUGUGAACAACAUGAGAGGCUCCGAAUCUUCAAAAACAUGUUGGACAAGAUGAUAGGGUUCCUGAAUCUUCCCAAAAGUUUUAUGAUACCUAGUUUGAAGGAUAAGCUGGCUUCGUAUGAGAAACAGAUAUUGAAUAUUCUGAACACGAACCGCCCGAGGAAAUCUGAUCCACUACAGCAACAAAUUCAGCCAACUGGUGACCACCCGCUCUCUAUACAGCAACAACAGCAGCAGCAGCAACGUCAACUGCAACAGCAACAGCAGCAACAACUGCAAGAAGAGGAGCAGCCACAACAACAACAACUGCAGCAACAAAACCAGCAGCAGCAACAGCAGCAGCAGCAGAUACAAUCUCAAAAUCCUCUGUUGAAGCAGUAUGAAAACCUGAUCAACUCCCAUAUGCAACCAACGGACCUGCAAAAUUCUGUAUUAUCUACGCAACCAACUGCUAUGACAAGCAUGAAUCAUGGUUCCCUGCCUCCAAACCAUGUUGGUGUUACAACGGCACAAUCUAACCUGCUAAAUUCUUUGCAACCUGGCUCUAUUAUGAUGUUGGGCCAAGGUGACAAUUCUGUUUCAUUGCAGCUGGUUUGUGUGGGUGCAACCCUUCAAUACCAAAGCGCUGGAAAUGCACUCCAACAGGGAAACUUGAACACAAUGUCACAAAGUACUGUUAAUGGAUUACAGAGUAAUGUUAAUUCCCUUCAGAUGAACCCAGACAUGCUUCAACAACAUCCACAUCUGAACCAACAACUUCAGCAACAGCAGCGCCAGAUGCAUUUGCAUAAUCAGGAGCAGCAACAGUUCCAGCAGUUGGUGCACCAGUCUCAAAAGCCACAGCGAUCUGCUCAAUUGCAGGGGCAUCAAAUAUCACAGCUUCAGCAGAUGAGGGAGGAUUUGAAAUUUAGACAGGGAAUGGAUUACAAAGAAGGAAUGUCUGAGCAACACCUUCCUGCUGCUGGCCUUCGGGCACCAUACAACCAUCAAGUAAAGCUUGGUUCUUCAUUUCCUAUAUCUUCCCCUCAAAUGCUUUCUGUAGCAUCCCCACAACUUUCUCAGCAUUCACCACAAAUUGACCAGCAAAGCCUUUCAUCAUCCCUUACAAAAACAGGAACACCUCUGCAAUCUGCAAACCCACCCUUAAUUGUCCCUUCUCCUUCUACAUCCCUGGCUGCUUCUCUAAUACCUGGGGAUCCCGAGAAACAGACUUCUGGUGUUUCCUCCCUGUCAAAUGCAGUAAAUGUUGGGGAGGUACAUGGUUCUGCUUCACUUGGUCAAGUGCAAUCUGUUGCUAUCGACACUCCUGGGAUAUCAGCCUCCCCCUUGCUCGCUGAGUUGACUGGCCCAGAUGGUAAUCAGGUCACAUCCUCCACAGUCACUAAGCCAAGUGCUACGGAGCAGCCUUUAGAGUGCCCAUUGAAAGAGGUAAAAUCCAUGUCUCCUAAAGCAUUUUGUGCUUCUGCCAAUGACUUUGGGUCAGUCAUUAGUAUGAUCGACAAGAUAUCUGGAUCUGCACCAGGUAUUGGAUCCGAAGCUUCUGUAGGUGAGGAUUUGGCGACUAUGACAGAAUCUCAUACACAAGCAAGGAAUUUCAUUCAACAAGAUGGAAGCUUGGCAACAAAGAAAAUGAAGCGUCACACAACUGGAGUUCCCUUGAAUGCCAUGUCAUCAGCUGGCAGUAUGAACGAUAGUUUCAAGCAGGUAGUUACUAUGGAAUUGUCUGAUGUUGAGUCAACUGCGACCUCUAGGAUGAAAAGACCUCGAGUUGAGGUAUGACGUUUGACAUAAUAUUCAUCUAAAUGUUACAGCCUUAAGAUUGAUGUAACAGAAACAAUAUUUACCAUUUUUAUAUGAAAGAGCAAGGUACAUCUGCAGUUCCAUUUU